AUUGUACAAGGUAUACAGCCAGCGCACGUUUUAGGAUUGUGGAUGUGUUAUGACAAUGGAGCGGUCCUUCGCGCUCCUGUUUUGCAUAAUAUGUCUUAUAGCUUCGGGCCAGGCAAGUUUUAUUGGCUGUUUUCAAGAUAGGGCGGAUGAUCGGGACCUUUCCUAUGCCGCGUUUACUGAUCUGACGCAGAUGACUGUGUACAAAUGCGUGAAAGCGUGCGCGGAUUAUGGAUCUAAGUACGCAGGGCUUCAGGCAGGGGUUAACUGCUUCUGUGGUAACACAUUUGGAAGGUAUAGUCGAGCUACUUGCAAUGCACAGUGCAGUGGAGACCUCACCCAGAUAUGCGGAGACAAGGAAACUAACUCUAUAUUUGACACAGAUGUUCCAGUGCCGGGCAAACCUUCGAAGCUAGAAGUGCUCACGAAAUCGGAGAACUCGAUCACGCUGCGCUGGGACCCUCCCGGAACCUCGUACGGAGCCAUCACCAACUACGAGAUGUCGGCGGUGCCCGUGUUCUCCUACAACCCGCUGGUGAUGCCCAACGUGAACAAGUACACGGUGACGUACACGGUGCCGCCGAACACGUUCACCUACAGCAUCGCCAACCUGCUGCCGGGCACUGAGUACGUCAUCAACGUGAUGGCGCGCAACGACGCCGGCCGCGGCAACCCGCUCAUGCGCAACAUCUGGACGCUCAUCGGAGACCCGAACAAGCCACCAUCACCGACGAUAACGGAGCGUGUUGAGAAGUCGAUGACCAUCUAUCUCCCACCUGCAUACUCAAUCAAUGGCCCAAUCACUGGGUACCAUGUGGUGGUAUUUGACAUCAGCUCACCCGUGCAGUUUGAUCCAGCCCAGCUGCUGGAUUACAAUAAUGCCCCGGCCAUGGGAUUGCCUUACUAUCUGACUGCCAACCUGACCAAGCUAGACGUUAUGAAGUUGAAAAGCUACUUCACGAUCGGAGAUUACCUGACGUACGGUGGAUUCUUUAAUGGACCUCUCGACCCAUCCAAGAAUUAUGCCGCCAUCUUUGGUGCUGUCAGCUCUCAAGAAGGGAUCACCAAGGUUGCAUACAGUGCAUUCAGAGAGGAGGAGAAUGACAAAGUACCUCUCGUCGUAGAUGGCAGCAGCGGAGGACGGGCCGUGGAUGGAGGUGGAGGCGGCGGCGGUGCCUCCCCGGCCGGCGGCGACAGCAAGAGAGGAGUGAAGAUUUUGGGAGGGCUGAUCGGGUUGCUGCUGUUCGCGUUGCUCGCCGUUGUGCUCAUCUACCUCUUUCUGCGCCUCGUCUACUUCAAGCGGCGGCCGAAGCUGGACGAACAGGAGCUGACUCGCACCACGAGCGUGCAGGCAAUCAGGGUAGGGGGUAGGAUCAAGAGCGACGACACGCUCGAGCGCGACGACCUUCUACAGCGCGCUCGAAGGACGCAAGUGGCUGAGCUGAUACCGCAGGAUGAGCGCUGCGUCUCGGGCAGCGGACGAGCUGGGUGUGGGAAAAGACGAGCCAAGCAUCCGACAAUGAAGAGUAGUGUUCCUCUCGCAGACUCAGAGAUGAUGAUACGACCUUGGGCAAACAUCGCGAAACAUGCACCGCACUUGGCUCGGCAUCAGCCGAGACAGCCAGAGUGCACGUAUGCGGUGCUGGAGCACGCUCCCGUGCCCAACCUGCGUGACAAACUGCGCUCAACGCGCACCAACACCAAGACCGGAGGUCGCGUGUCGACGCUGAUGGACGAGCAGCUGUGGAUCAUUGCGGUGGGCGUCGCCCAGGGAAUGAAGCAUCUGUCGCAGAACAGGGUGACACACCAGCAGCUGGCCGCUCGUAAUAUAGGUCUCACAGACAGAGGCAUUCCUAAGAUUGCACAGUAUAGCCUCGGUAGAUACAGCACACAGAAGCAGGAUGGCGGCUACAUGCGCUGGCUGUCGUUAGAGAGUCUCAGCAAUAGGACCUUUACGACUAGAAGCGAUGUCUGGUCAUUUGGAGUUGUUCUCUGGGAGAUAUUCACCAUGGGUGUGUAUUUGAUAAUAUCACAAGUGAUAACUAUAUGUUCGUGUCCAGAAAUACAUCCAAUGGAAGAAGGAUGA